AUGGCGGGGAUCAGGCACCCCGAAUGCAGCCACAGCCUGAGCGUGGAACAGCGGGGGGGUGUCCCCUCCUCGGAACUGGGACCCAAGUGCAAAGAGGAGAAGUUGGGGCAGGGAGGGGCCCGUGGGAGGGACCAAAGGGAGACUCCUGUGCUCACGGGCCCCCACCUCCGGGAGACUCCUGUGCUCACGGACCCCCCACCUCCGGGAGACUCCUGUGCUCACGGACCCCCCACCUCCGGGAGACUCCUGUGCUCACGGACCCCCCACCUCCGGGAGACUCCUCUAUUCACGGACCCCCCCACCUCCGGGAGACUCCUCUAUUCACGGACCCCCCACCUCCGGGAGACUCCCGCGUUCACGGACCCCCCACCUCCGGGAGACUCCCGCGCUCACGGACCCCCCACCUCCGGGAGACUCCCGCGCUCACGGACCCCCCACCUCCGGGAGACUCCCGCGCUCACGGACCCCCCACCUCCGGGAGACUCCCGCGCUCACGGACCCCCCACCUCCGGGAGACUCCUGUGCUCACGGACCCCCCACCUCAGGGAGACUCCUCUAUUCACGGACCCCCCACCUCCGGGAGACUCCUGUGCUCCUGGGUCUCCCCUGCCUUCCUCCCCAGUCUGGUUGAAGGGGAUAUUUCUCUUCCGGGAAAGCAGGACACAGGCGCCGCCCCCGCUCCUCACUCGCUUCAUGCACUUGGGGACGAGGACUCGCCGCAGGAGGGGUCAGGGUCCCCGGAGGUCAGUCCCACAGCCAGCCCCCUCGCUCUGUGACCCUGGAUCCUCUGGUCAGGCCCCGUCCCCAGAGGCUGACUCCAACUUGGCCCGGGCUGUUCAUUUCAUCUUGCGUAUUUAGUUAAAUGAAAACGGAACACGGGAAGGAUGGGCGGGCAGGAGGGGAGGCGUCGCCGCCUCACUGCCACCCUCAUCCCCUGCCACAGACAGAGCCGGGUUGGGUCAGGAGGGGCCCGACAUCAAGACCCCACCCCCAGCCCCACGGGCUAAGCUUCUCAGCACACCCACGACCUGCCAGGAGGGAAGCAGCCCUACAGUCAGGAAGACCCUCACGUGCCCAUUGCACAGUUGGGAAAACAGAGGCUCUAACGAGACUCUCAGAGGCCCACGAGCAGACUGG